AUGUUGAACUCCCUCCUCUCUAAGCUUUCUUUCAAAUCAUCCCAACCGGGAUCCUCAUCGCUCCAAGAGCACCAACCCAGAUCUACCUCAAACGUUUUCGAUGAAGAAUUUUGCUUCGAAAACCACAAUCAGGAGCUUGACGAUUGGCAGCUCCCAAAAAUCUCAAACAAUGAGAUUUACAAACUCGAUGGUAGUUGGUUUAAACAAGCCGAUUACAUCAUCAAAACAACUGAAAAACAAAUCCCUCUUACUUCUGAGGAAGAAGAGUUCCAUCUUUUAGAUGAACAAACCCUUAGGAAUCAAGCCAAAAAAUACAACUAUCUCCACAUAGGCUGUAUUCAAGUAGCUAUAAAACCUCUAGGAAUAGAAGGUUUAGAUUCCUCUAUCUUAUGCUGUCUUAGGGAUAUCCGUCACUACAGAUUCGAUCAAUCCCUCAUAGGCACCAUAGAAUCAUCCUUAGCUAAAGGACCAAUCUUUUUCAAUUGUUUUCCCAAUCGGACUAUUAGUCUUAAAGAUAGAAACAUCCGAGAUGCACUCUAUCUCCAAAUCCAAACUAAGGGUCUCCAAAUGAAACCUGGAUCAAUCCCCUUAGCCUUGAUCUAUAGAAUUCAAUAUAAGGUCAUGAAUUCUAUUAGUUCCAAAGUUUACAAAUCUCCGGAAAUAGGUUCAACCACCCUUUUUCUUACUGACUUUAGUAAGGCUAACGUAGUGGUUCCCACUUCCGUCAGUUGGGAUGAAGUAUCCCUUCCUGAAUCCUGGACUGUGACCAAAUCAGUUACAUCCGCUCCUAGACCAACCCCUGAGAUUAGGGAAAUCAAUCAAGACCCAGCUGGUGAAGUUACUAUAACCUUUAAUAGGAGUAGUUCCUUUACAACCACUAGGUCAUUAGGAUCCAACUCUGUUAGAUCUGCAAACUUUAGGACGGCUAGAAGAUCUUUCUCUUAUGUCCCUUCAUCUGUUCGUCUCGCUGGGAUUGAAACUGUUUCUCAAAUCCCUCGAACCAUCUAUUCCAAUCUGGAGGAUGAACCUAAAACAGAAAUUCACUCUCCAACCCAAUCUGAAAUGCAAUAUGGUUAUCAUGAAUAG